AUGUCGCUAAUCCUGGCCAAGAUAGAGAAGAUCCUUCUGGAGGAGGAGUUGGUGAGCAUCCUGGGCCAAUGUGGACCAGCUCUGACUAAUGUUCUGCAUAGCAAGUUUGGAUGCACUGCCGUGCUCCAUGAUGUGGGUAUCGGUGCAGGGAAAUUCAAGAAGCCAGGUGAGGAAAGGUUUUCUACCCAGCUGUCAAAGGGCCUCAAAGUAUCGGUAUGAAAAGAUGACCUCACCACUCAUAAAGUAGAUGCUGUGGUCAACGCAGCCAAUGUGAACCUCAGUCAUGGGGGAGUACAGAAGCUUUACGGAAAGUUGUUAACGGGAAAUGCCAUUGUUGCCAGACCUGGACGCUUACCAUGCAAGAAGAUCAUUCAUGCUUUGGGUCCAUGCCUUCCAUACAAACCAAUGCAAUAUCAAGUUGCUGAUGCCAUGCCAGAACUCUCAAAGACUGUUAAAAGCAUUCUAAAGAUGGUAGAGCAAGAGAAGCUGCAGUCUGUCGCCAUUCCGGCCAUACGUUCUGGCCUGUUCAACUUUCCCUUGCCUAUCUGUGCAGAUGUCAUUGUUCAAACCCUGAAAAUGUACCAUGAUCAAUAUUACUCCGGAGCUCCUUUAGAGGUUCGCCUGGUCAAUCACGAUGAACUAACAGUCAGGGAGAUGGAGAGAGCAUACAGUCAGAUUCUGGGGUUCUCGGGUUCACACAGUCAAGCAGCGGUGGCUCAGAGACAGGCUCCAUACAGACAAGAUGUUACAAACUAUGGGAAAGGCUCCACCAAACCCUUAACACCCACGGUUCAGUUUGGGAAUGUCAGUCUGAACAUUAAAAAGGGGCACAUUGAAGAAGAGAAGAUCCUCUACAAUGUGGUGUUAGGAUGUUUAAGAAUGGCAGCGACAAGUGGACAAAGCUUCACCAUUCACAACAAUUUCAUCCAGUGCUUUGGCCAGACAGAGUUUGAUGAGUUGCUGUCCUUUCAGACCAAGUGGAAGGUUUCCAUCGAGAAGAACUUAAAAGAUGGCUGUCCCAGCAUCACCAUCCAGGGGGCUUUUAGAGGUAGUAUGGUUAUGGCUGAUGUGUUACAGGUUGAGAAGGUGGAGAACCGUACUCUGAGGCAGCUCUUUGACCUUAAGAAGUUGCAGAAGUCUCCUCAGCGGAUGUACCAGCACCUGCCAGCAUAAUUCUGUGACCUGCUCAGCAGAGUGGGUUUCCAGAAGGAGUUCGCACCACCUGAUGAGUACAUGUACUUCAUUGAGGCAAAGGUGCUGACUGGGAAUUCAACGGCUGGCUCUCCAGAUCUUAUUGUGCCACCUCCCUUUGGCAGAGACCCUCUCACCCUGUAUGACAGCGUUGAAGAAGGUCUAGCCACCUUUGUCAUUUUCAAUGGUCACCAGGCCCUACCUAAAUAUCUGAUCACCUGCAAAAAGCAUUCAUCAUAAUUUAUGUAGCUAGAACCCUUACGUGGUUGGGUCGAUAAUCUGAAAUAAUUGUCUCAUUAAAUAAUAUUGUUUUAAAAGAAACAUAUUGAUCUUUAUUUUCUUCAGUGAUUGUCUAUUCUAUUAAUAU